UCCUCCACUAAUCAACAAAACAACAAACCAAUCCCAACAUUCUCGUUCCAUCACAAGUAAAAGGAAACGGAGUCUUAGCUAAAUCUGUUAUCAUCCCCCAUUUAGUUAUAUCUCCCUUGCUCUUCAUAAUGCUCCUUCAUUCCAGCUCCUCUCUUCAUUCCGAUCUCCGAAGUUGUGAGAUGGGACCCCGAUUCUGGCUUGUCUUCCUAGUCCUGGCCCUGGCCCUGGUGUCAGGGUCAUGCUCCUCUGUGUUCGACGAUGUUCAGGUCGUCUCCCGGUCCGGUACGGUUGGAGACCUCAUCGGGGAGGACAACGAACUGAUGUUGGACUCAGAGAUUAACCGGCGCCAGCUCGCCCAGAAGCGGUACAUCAGCUACGGUGCCCUGAAGAAGAACUCUAUCCCGUGCAACCGGCGGGGCCAGUCUUAUUACAACUGCACCAAACAGAAAAAGGCUAACCCUUACAGGCGCGGUUGCAGUGCCAUUACUCAUUGCAAGAGGAUGACUGACUAAUGAAACCGAUGCCGGGAUAAUAUGGAUCGGUCAAAUCCAAUACUUUUGCUUUGUUGACACCUCCGUAUGUAUGCAUUAAUUCGUUUUCCCUUUUCAGUACGUACAUUGUGUUUUCCUUGGCUCGACAUGUUCUUGUUCCUCAUUGUUUCAAUUAAUUGAUCUUUAUUAAUUAUGUUUGUGCCAUA